CGCCCACAGCAGUGGUCCUGGUGGAGACACCUGCAGAACAGAAAAUAGUGACAGCUGGAGACAAAGACCUGGACGGACAGUUGGACUUUGGAGAGUUUGUCCAUUAUCUCAAAGACCAUGAGAAGAAACUCCGGCUCGUCUUCAAGAGCCUGGACAAGAAGAACGAUGGUCACAUCGACUCCCAGGAGAUAAUGCAGUCUCUGCGAGACCUGGGCGUGAACAUCUCUGAGGAACAGGCGGAGAAGAUCCUCAGGAGUAUGGAUAAGAAUGGAACGAUGACGAUCGACUGGAACGAGUGGAGAGAUUAUCACCUCCUGCAUCCAGCCGGCAACAUCCCUGAGAUCAUCCUCUACUGGAAACACUCCACGAUCUUUGACGUAGGUGAGAGUUUAACGAUUCCCGAUGAAUUCACUGCAGAAGAGAAGAAAACGGGAAUGUGGUGGCGACACCUAGUGGCUGGAGGAGGAGCUGGAGCGGUGUCUCGAACCUGCACGGCUCCACUGGACAGGCUGAAGGUUCUCAUGCAGGUUCACGCCUCCAAGAGCAACAGCAUGCGCAUCUCUGGGGGCUUCACCCACAUGAUCCGUGAGGGCGGAGUCCGCUCGCUGUGGAGAGGCAACGGCAUCAAUGUCAUCAAAAUCGGCCCCGAGUCUGCGAUCAAGUUCAUGGCCUAUGAGCAGAUUAAACGAUUAAUCGGAAGCAACCAGGAGACGCUGGGCAUCGGCGAGCGGCUGGUGGCGGGCUCUCUGGCCGGCGUGAUCGCUCAGAGCAGCAUCUACCCCAUGGAGGUGCUGAAGACCCGCCUGGCGCUGAGGAGGACGGGUCAGUUCUCCGGCAUCUUGGAUUGUGCCAAACACAUCCUCUACAAGGAGGGGGGGGCGGCUUUCUACAAGGGCUACGUCCCCAACCUGCUGGGCAUCAUCCCGUACGCUGGGAUCGACCUGGCUGUCUACGAGACUCUGAAGAACUGGUGGCUCCAGCGUUACGCCACCGACAGCGCUGACCCCGGCGUGUUUGUGCUCCUGGCGUGUGGCACCACCUCCAGCACGUGUGGUCAGCUGGCCAGCUACCCGCUCGCCCUGGUCAGGACUCGCAUGCAGGCUCAAGCUACUCUGGAAGGAGGCCCUCAGAUGACCAUGACGGGCCUGUUCAGACACAUCGUCAGGACCGAGGGCGCCACGGGACUCUACCGGGGUCUGGCGCCCAACUUCAUGAAGGUCAUUCCGUCUGUGAGCAUCAGCUACGUGGUGUACGAGCACCUGAAGCUCACUCUGGGGGUCCGGUCGAGGUGAGGAGGAGGAGGAACCAAGAGUCAAGACGCUGCUUUUCUCUGCUCCUGGAGUUUGACUACGUUUGGAUCUAAGAAGCAAGCGGCAGAAAUCCUUCACAUCCACAUCAAAUAAUCCACUUCCAGGGUUUGAAGGACGGACGUGAGGAGACGAAAGCUGAGGAGAACUUUGUGGAAGGAGGAGAGUUUGUCCUUUGCUGUUGUUUGAAACUUUCUUUGAGCGACUCAGAUGUGCUCCUGCUUUGUUUUAGCAAAACUGAAGUUUACAUAGAAUUGGGUGAGGGAGUUUCCUGGUGGACCAGCAGCGUGUUGUCUCCGCCGCUGAGCGACCUGCUGCUGCUCUGUGUAGAAGUCUGAACUCUUAAAGGGCUUUGUUAUCCUUCAGUUCAUCAUGAAUCAUUCCCCCCCGCUGCAGCACUGAUCCUGAUCCGCACCAGGACAGUGAGCAGGCUCCUCUGUUUGGAUUCAGAUUCCAUCCAACGCAAAACCUUACCAGAGCUUUUUCAUGUCUACGAACUUAACUGUGGACAAAAGAUACUUCAUGACAUCACAUUUAUUCUGACUUCCACUGUCUCCAGCACUAAGAUGCAAUGAGCCUCUUAAUUAAGAAAGAAUCAUAAUAUUAUGAGGAGAAGUCGAUAAGUUUAGAGGAUAAAGUAUAUUAGUGGAAGUGUUUGGUCGCGGUGGACUGUGACAUCAGAGAAGUUCGAUCCAGAUGGAGAGAAAGUUCCCUCGGUUAGAAAAAAUCUAUCUUUUAUUUAUGCUUGAAAUAUCUUUUUAGAAUUAAGGAAAUAAUGUCAAACAUACGAAUCACGUUUCCUCUCAUAUCAUAAAUAAUAGAUAAAUAAACCUUCAGAAUCAUUAUUUCAUGACGUCAGAUCAUUAACUUGAUAUGAAGCUGCCUCUGCUGAGCACGGGGAAUCGGCCCGGUGUCUUCACGCUGUUCGUCCGGUGCUGUCGAGCCUUGUUGUCGUGAGCGAGAGGAGACGUGAAGAAAAGAGCCGUUUGAUUUCAGGUUGGUUGUAGGGCUGCUCGAUUAUGGAGAAAAUCAUAAUCACUAUUAUUUUGGACAAUAUUGAAAUCACUAUUAUUCAAACGAUUAUUUUUGAGUUUGAAAACAUGAUGCAUUUAUUCAGUAUUUCUCUCCAAAAAACACUUAAACUCAGAAUCGCGCCAGGAAACACUAAAUUACUUUAAAUGAUAUAAAUGACAUAUUUUAUAUUCCAUAAAUGAUCAAAUAUGCAUCCCAUACUUUGGAUUUCCCUUCUGUUGUCCUGGAGUUUCAAUUUCCCAGAUUUUCCCUCAUUAUUAAACGCAUCUGUCGUUUUAACUCCAUUAUAUUGUUGGAGAUGUUUGACCCAAAAAUCGAAAUCACGAUUAAAAUUCAAUUAAUUGCACAGCUCUAGUUGGUUGUGAACAGUCUGAGGUCCGGAGCCGUCAGACCUCGUGCACUCUGAGGAUCUGUGAGGUCGUGGGAGUGAAUCCCUCGGCUGUGGUUGUUGAGUUUACAUCUCAAGAGGCGAUGACACUAAACAGGAAGUGAAACCUACAGGGGAACGA